AUGGAUAAUCUGGUAGAAGAUGGAAUCGAUACUGUCCGAGGUGUAGUGACCGACAGACAAAAUGAGAGUGAUGUAGGCAGUGUGGAAAUGUAUAAAAAGUUGGUUUGGGAGUACGAAUUGAGCCGAGGAAGAUGGGUCAAGUAUGAAAAUGCUAUCAACAGGAAGUUGAACGAGGGCAUCGUAAGCGGUGUUACGGAGUUUGAAAUGGACGAAUCUAAAUUACAAGUCGAUUUCAACUUAAUGAAACAAAAAAAUUUGGAUACGGGUUUUGUUCGAUCCGUAAGAUGUGCUAUUCGAAAUGAUGAAGGUGUUGAUCGUGUCUGGGAAUAUAUUGAUUCGAAAAGACGUUGGCGAAGUGUGGACCCAUUAUCUACUAUAACAUUAGAAAAUGCCUUCGUUAAUGGGUCCGGAAAUGUUAAAAUAGUGUUAUCAGGAACAAAUUUUAUAGCUGAUUUCGACAGUAAUCUAAUUAGAAGUGACGACGAAUUGAUGGAAUAUGAAAUCCGAUCGCGCAUCUCGAAUGCAGACCCCUCGAUGUUAGCAAAACCAGUACCAAGGAUCGAACGUCUUCGAGCAGUAAAGCGUAUUGCAGCAAGAACCCAUAUCUCUUCAACUGAAAAUAAGCGAAAGGUAAUGAGGGAGAAAAAUGACAAAAGUGAUACUAAUGGAGAUAGCGAUAACAAUGAGAAACAAAUUAGAGAAUCAAAAAGAAUUCGUAGAAAAGAAAAUAGUACUUCUGAAAUGCAGAAAACAAAUGACUCGAAUAGCAGUACUGAUAAAGAUAAUAGGAGUGAUUUGAAGAAAGUUAUAUUAAAAGGCGUUGCAGCUGUGGAUCCUGAAUGUCAUGAACUAGUUGGCACUGCACAUGUUUAUACUGAAUUCAAUGAUGUUUAUGAUGCCUUGUUAAAUCAGACCAGUGCACAAUACAAUAACAAUAAAUAUUUUAUCAUACAGCUGUUAGAAAGUGAUGUUGAAAAGCGCUAUUGGGUUUGGUUUCAUUGGGGGCGCGUUGGUUACAAAGGACAAACCAGUCUGAAUCCAUGUGGUACAGAUUUAGCAAAAGCGAAGGAAUUAUUUUGUGACAAGUUCAAGAACAAAACGAGAAAUGACUGGGCGGAAAGAACCAGUUUCGAAAAAGUAGUUGGCAAAUACGACUAUUUGCCUAAUGAUUAUUCGAAAGUAAUAGAAAAGAAAAAGAAUGAAAAUGAUACUGAAGAGACAAAAGAAGUGGAAUCAAAACUUGAUCCCUAUCUGCAACAUUUAUUAAACAUUAUUUGUGAUAUAAGAGCAAUGGAAGAAACGAUGACGGAAUUGGAAUAUGAUGCUACUAAAGCACCUCUGGGGAAAGUGACUGACGAACAAAUUAAGGCGGGAUAUGCAGCGUUGACAAAAAUUGAAGAGCAUAUUAAGAAAAAGAAUUUUUCGUCGGGUUUUGUAGAAGCUGUCAAUAAUUAUUACACAAAAAUACCUCAUUUCUUUGGGAUGCGUCAGCCGCUUAUGAUUAAGACAGUAGAGCAAUUGCAAGCUGAAAUUAAAUUGUUGGAGGCUUUGAGCGAAAUCGAAGUAGCAAUACGGACAUUUAAGAGGGAGGGAGAUGUCAAUGUUCAUCCAAUCGAUCGUCAUUACAUGAAUAUGAAGUGCAAAAUAUCUAUCCUUAGUGCAAGUGAUCCUAAGUAUAAGAUUGUGGAUAAUUACCUUCAAUGGACGCAUGCUCCAACACAUAACAUGUAUCGUAUGCGCAUUCGUAACUUAUACGCGGUAAAUCGAGAUGGAGAACAAGAACAGUUCAUGUUCGAUAUUGGCAACAGGAAAUUAUUAUGGCAUGGAUCUCGACUAACAAAUUGGUAUAGUAUCUUAUCUCAAGGACUACGAAUUGCUCCAUCAGAAGCUCCUGCGACCGGCUACAUGUUUGGUAAGGGUAUUUAUUUUGCCGAUAUGUCAACAAAAUCAGCCAAUUAUUGCUAUCCACAACAAAAUAAACCUGGUUUUUUGGUAUUGGCACAAGUCGCAUUGGGAGAAAUGAACGAAUUACUACAAAGCGACUUUCAUGCCGAUAAGCUUCCUGCAGGAAAAAACAGUACCAAGGGUUUAGGUUCAAUUGGUCCUGAUCCGGCUACAUACGUCACUUUAGACGGCUGUGAAGUACUUUGUGGUAAGCCAAUCUCACUACAACGAAAAGACGAAGAUUCUUCCCUCAUGUAUAACGAAUACAUUGUUUACGAUGUAAAGCAAGUUUGGAUUCGUUAUCUCAUUGAAAUUGAUUUCAUUUUUGACUAA